AUGGUUGACAUAUCAAGGAACUGUCGUAUUUCAGCACUGAUGGGACUGCUGUGGGUGGGCGCACGGCAAUGGUGCCUUAUAUUGCUGGUAGUGGCUAGAGUUGUUGCGGACGAUACGCCUGAAGAAAAGAGCGAGACCGUUUUUGCGCCCUCUACGUUUGUUCCGCCAAAACUUUCAUCAAAGCCGUUGUUUUUUGACUACUUCCCAACGACGGAUGAGAUCGGCAAGCGAUGGAUUCCAAGCACUGCAAAAAAGGAUGGUGUUGAUUCGGAAAUAGCUAAAUAUAACGGUAAAUGGGAAAUCGGCCCAUCGUCCGAGGUGUCUAUUGAAGGCGAUUAUGGAUUGAUCGUCCGCACUAAAGCAAGGCAUCAUGCAAUUGCUGCGAAAUUGGACAAACCUUUCAGUUUCACUGAUAAACCAUUAAUUGUUCAAUAUGAGGUUCGUUAUGAAGAGGGUCAAGAAUGUGGAGGAGGGUAUCUGAAACUGCUGAGCGAAGGUGCUGAAAAGAAUCUGGCUGCAGUACAGGAUAAAACUCCGUACACUAUCAUGUUCGGCCCGGAUAAGUGCGGGCCUACUGGCAAAGUCCACCUGAUCUUCCGGUACAAAAAUCCAAAGAACAACACAAUUGACGAGUAUCAUGCAAAACAACCGUCCAACAUCGGAUCCACCUACUGGGAUGAUCAUCAGACGCAUCUUUAUACCUUGGUUGUUAAACCAGAUGGAGCAUUUUCGGUCUCAGUCGAUCAGAAACAAAUGAUCUCUGGCAGCAUGUUGAAUGAUCUUGUUCCAUCGCUGCAACCACCUAAAGAAAUAGCUGAUCCUACGGACAAGAAGCCAAGUGAUUGGGAUGACAGGGCUGAAAUUGAAGAUGAAAAUGCCGUUAAGCCAGAUGACUGGGAUGAGAGUCAACCUAGCGAAGUUGUAGAUGAGAAUGCUGUGAAACCAUCGGAUUGGCUUGAAGAUGAGCCAGAGCUGAUUCCGGAUCCGGAAGCAUCAAAGCCAAGCGACUGGGAUGAUGACAUGGACGGUGACUGGGAACCGCCCAUGAUUGACAACCCAGCUUGCAAAGGUAUCAGCGGUUGCGGCCAGUGGAAGAAACCACUUAUCCCAAAUCCACUUUACAAGGGCAAAUGGGUUCGUCCACGAAUUCCAAAUCCUGCAUAUCGCGGAGUAUGGGCUCCCCGUCAAAUAGAAAAUCCUCACUACUUUGAGCCGAAACCAUUUGAAGGCCUCGCUCCAAUAACGGCUAUAGGUAUUGAGCUAUGGACAAUGAGCCAGAAUAUCAUUUUCGACAACAUUCUGGUCUGCGAAUCGGAAGAUUUAGCAGCUGAGGUUGCCAAGCAGACUUAUACUGUAAGACGUGCGGAAGAUGCGCGACUGGCUUCUAGUCAAGGCAAAGGAGCGGGAAUAGUACAGGGUAUAGUGGAUGCUGCAAAUGAACGGCCGUGGUUGUGGGUUGUCUAUGUGCUCUGCGUCUUGAUUCCAAUCAUUCUCAUUGGUGUGUGCUGCUUCGGUCGCAAAUCCAAUGCCGACUAUGCUGCUGACAGGAAAAAGACUGAUGCUCCCGAUAUUGAUGACGAGGUUCCCAAUCUGGUUGACGACGAGGAAGACGAGAAGGAUUUGGACGAAGCAGAGAUUGAAGAGGCUGAGCAGAUUUCCGAAGAAAAGCACAGUCCACAUGGAACGCCAAAGGCAGAAAAAGAUGCUCAAAAGGUUGUGGAGCUGGAGGACGAUGAGGGCAGCAACAGCGAACCCGAGGUGGUAAACGUGGAAGCAGAAGAGGCUGGACCAUCGGCUGCUAAGAAGUCACCAAUUGUCACGAAGAGGCGUGUCCGUAGGCAAGAUUAA